ACUGAGCGUGCGCGCUGACGUCACCACGUAGCUCGCCCUCGUCACCGAGGCGACGUCACCGGCGUGUUGGGCGCUUCGAGAUCCACUUCCCCCCCCUCCACCACCACCACCACAAACUUCACGGCGAAUAUAAACAUUGAGAGAGAGGACACGGCGCUUCACACAAACAGCUAACAACACCCUCGCACUAUGGCUGCUGCUGCUGCUGCUGCUACAGCUACAGCUACGCUGCUGUGCGUGCUAGCGCUGAGCCAGGCUUUCUACCUCCCGGGUCUCGCCCCCGUCAGCUUCUGCGAGAAGGCCGAGGAGCACCUCAACUGUCUGUCCACCAUUGAGCUCUACAUGAACCGCCUCGACUCGGUGGAGUCGGUGCUGCCCUACGAAUACAACGCGUUCGACUUCUGCAAGGCGCCCGAAAGCAAACAGAGACCCACGGAGAACUUGGGCCAGGUGCUCUUCGGUGAGAGGAUUGAGCCCUCGCCGUACAAGGUGACGUUCAAGGAGGAGACCACGUGUGCCGUUCUGUGCGAGCCCAAAGUGUAUGAGCCGGGCUCCGCCGAUGACCAGUCCAGGCUGGACUUCCUGAAGAAGGCCAUGCACUUCAACUACCAGCACCACUGGAUCGUGGACAACAUGCCGGUGACGUGGUGCUACCACGUUGACGAGGGGAAGCUCUUCUGUAACCCCGGAUUCCCCGUGGGCUGCUACGUCACCGCCAGCGGGCAGCCCAAGGACGCCUGCAUCAUCAGCACGGAGUUUAAAGAACCUGACUCCUUCUACCUCUUCAACCACGUCGAUGUGACGCUCUCCUACCACAGCGGUGCCGCUGAGGGCUGGGAGGGCGCCCGGCUUGUGGCUGCCAAGGUGGUCCCACGCAGCAUCAAGCACGCGGUGAACGAGAAGCCGACCUGCACCGGGCCUCCACUCUCCAUCCCGCAGAGCGGCAAAGAGCGAGUCACAAUCCUCUACACCUACUCCAUCUCCUUUGUGGAGACCAACAAUAUAAAGUGGGCAUCACGCUGGGAUUACAUCCUGGAAUCCAUGCCACACACAAACAUACAGUGGUUCAGCAUCAUGAACUCGCUGGUCAUCGUGCUGUUCCUCUCCGGCAUGGUGGCCAUGAUCAUGCUGCGCACGCUGCACAAAGACAUCGCUCGCUACAACCAGAUGGACUCGGUGGACGAGGCACAGGAGGAGUUUGGCUGGAAGCUUGUUCACGGGGACGUCUUCCGCCCACCCAGGAAGGGCAUGUUGCUGUCUGUGUGUCUGGGGUCAGGAACUCAGAUCUUCAUCAUGACAUUCAUUACCCUGUUCUUUGCGUGUCUGGGCUUCCUGUCCCCGGCUAACCGUGGUGCCCUCAUGACCUGUGCCGUUGUCCUGUGGGUGCUGCUCGGGACUCCGGCCGGAUACGUCUCAGCACGCAUGUACAAGACAUUUGGAGGAGAGAAGUGGAAGACGAAUGUGAUCCUCACAGCCUUCCUGUGGCCUGGGCUGGUGUUUGCCGACUUCUUCAUGAUGAACCUCAUCCUGUGGGCCGAGCGCUCGUCUGCCGCCGUGCCCUUCGGCACCCUUGUUGCUGUCCUGGCCCUGUGGUUCUGCGUCUCUGUGCCGCUCACUUUCCUCGGGGCAUACUUCGGCUUCCGCAGGAGGCCGAUUGAGCACCCGGUGCGGACCAAUCAGAUCCCUCGGCAGAUCCCGGUGCAGUCUCUGUACACGCGGCCCCUGCCGGGCACGGUGAUGGGCGGUGUGCUGCCCUUCGGCUGCAUCUUCAUCCAGCUCUUCUUCAUCCUCAACAGCAUCUGGUCCCACCAGAUGUACUAUAUGUUCGGUUUCCUGUUCCUCGUCUUCAUCAUCCUCCUCAUCACCUGCUCAGAGGCAACCAUCUUGCUGUGCUACUUCCACCUGUGUGCGGAGGACUACCACUGGUGGUGGAGGGGGUUCCUGACCAGCGGCUUCACGGCCGUGUACCUGAUGGCGUACGCGGUGCACUACUUUAUCACCAAGCUGGCCAUCGAGGGGAUAGCCAGCACCAUCCUCUACUUUGGGUACACCCUCAUCAUGGUGCUCAUCUUCUUCCUCUUCACCGGUGAGACACACACAGAGACACACACAGAGACACACACACACAGACACAGAGACACACACACACAGAGACACACACAGAGAGAGAGUUUGGCAGGCCAGCACCAUCCUCUACUUUGGCUACACCCUCAUCAUGGUGCUCAUCUUCUUCCUCUUCACCGGUGAGACACACAGAGAGAGACACAGAGACAAACACAGACACACACACACAGAGAUACACACACAGAGACACACACAGAGACACACACAGAGAGAGAGUUUGGCAGGCCAGCACCAUCCUCUACUUUGGCUACACCCUCAUCAUGGUGCUCAUCUUCUUCCUCUUCACCGGUGAGACACACAGAGACACACACAGAGACACACACAGAGACACAC